UCCUAAUAAUUUCUCUCUCUCUCUCUCUCAAAGAAAUCGCAAUGGCAAUUCUUUCCGAAUACGAAGAACAACCAGAAUCAAUCAAGAAACCGUUCGAGGCGGUUCUCGAUUGCGCCGAUCCGUUAGGGUUUCUCAAAACGGCGAUCGAAUUCGUGGCUAACGAAACCGAUCUGUUCAAAAAAGAGUCGGUUGUCAGAGAUGUGAAUGGAUUGGUCAGGUCUGUGAAGGAAAACAUUGAUUCUGACGAGAAGAAACGCAAAGAGAAAGCUGUUUCUGGUGCUGCUAAUGGCGCAGCAGCUGUGAAGCGUGCGAAGGAGGAUGCGACGGCUGGACCGUCGAAAGAUGCGGUGAAGAAGAGUGAUCAGAAGGCCGAGGAGACUAAGGAGGAUGAUAAGAAGGGAUUGAGAGCUCCUAACAAAGGUAAUGGACUGGACAUGGAGAACUACUCUUGGGGCCAGUCUUUACAAGAGGUCAACAUAAACAUACCUGUUCCUCCUGGAACCCUUUCAAGAUCUAUUGUCUGUGACAUAAAGAAGAACCGCCUUAAAGUUGGACUCAAGGGUCAGCCUCCACUUCUUGAGGGAGACUUGUACAAGUCUGUGAAGGUUGAUGAUAGUUUCUGGAGCUUAGAGGAUAAGAAAGCCAUCUCAAUCCUUUUAACCAAACAGGAUCAAAUGGACUGGUGGAAGUUCUUGAUCAAGGGUGAACCUGAAAUUGAUACCCAGAAGGUAGAACCCGAGAGCAGUAAAUUAGGUGACCUGGAUCCAGAAACACGAUCUACUGUUGAAAAGAUGAUGUUUGAUCAACGACAGAAGCAGAUGGGCCUGCCAACAAGUGAUGAGAUGCAGAAACAAGACAUUCUGAAGAAGUUCAUGUCAGAGCACCCUGAUAUGGACUUUUCAAGGGCGAAGAUAAACUAACGAGGAUGUGGUAUUUUGAGCUUGGUUCCGCAAAUGCCUUGGCAAUUUUGCCUUUUGGAGAUAGAAGCGUACUGUCUUGGAAAUACUAGAAUGCAACUUGGUUCAAACCUCUGUUAAUACAAACUUUGUUAAGGCUAGCUUUUUCGGGAAACCAUGUAUGGUCAAAACCUAAUCAUUUGCGAAUCCAAGUGUUGUGCUUUUCUGUUUCAA